CGGCUUCACACGGGCAAUCAUGGCGGCCUCUGUAAAUCUAGAGAGAAGUUACAUGGAAUUGAUCGGCGCCGAACGGGAAACGUCAAGGAGGAAUUUCAGGGAUUUGAGCUUGCGCCCAGAUGUAAAUCUUGUGAUCGGAGGCCCAAAAUACGCCGAUUGUGCCGGCGGUUAUUGCUACAGUGAAAGCAGCAGUCUCCUGUCCGCUACAAGGAACAGGUUCCUACAUUGGACUUCGUACGCUGAUACAUUGGAGCUGGUGGAAAUAUCCCUGGAUAUUAACCUCGUGAAUAAUGCGGUCCGUCUCAGAAUACUCAACUGCAGCAUUUUGCCUGGAGGGGUUCAUAUUUGUGAAACACCAAACAAUAUCGUUGUCUUAAUUUUAACAAACCAAACAGUUCACAGACUCAUUCUGCCACAUCCCUCUCGCAUGUACAGAAGUGAAAUAAUUUCUGACAGCCACAUACAGUCAAUAUUUACUGACAUUGGGAAGACCAAUUUCCAUGAUCCCUCCAAUACGUAUGUGAUUCCUGCUAUUCCUGGACGAGCCCCCAAUACAACGGCUUCCACAGCAUGGCUAAGCAGCGAUGGAGAGGCACUGUUUGCUCUCCCGUCCAUUUCGGGAGGAAUUCUUGUCAUCAAAAUGCCUCCUCAUGAUAUGGAAGGACUUGUGACCAUUGCAGAAUUGAAACAAAGUUCUGUAAUGCAGCGACUUCUCACAGGGUGGAUGCCGUCAUCUAUACGAGGUGACCAGGGUCCAGCGCACCUUCCUGUUAGCCUUGCAGUUCAUACUCUCGAUCAUGAUUCUUACCUCUUCGCUCUGUGCCAGGAUCAUAAACUCCGCAUGUGGUCCUACAAGGAUCAAAUGUGCCUUAUGGUAGCUGACAUGUUGGAAUAUGUGCCAGUUAGCAAAGAUAUCCGUCAGACUGCCGGGACAGGACACAAACUGCGGCUGGCUUUUUCAGAAACAUUAGGAAUACUUUACCUUGGAGUAUAUUUGCACACACCCAAACAAGGACAGUUCUGUGUAUUCCAGUUGAUGUGCGCAGAAAGCAAUCGCUACAGUCUGGACCAUAUUUCCUCCAUAUUCACCAAUCAGGAAACUCUCAUUGACUUCACUUUCACUUUAACGUCUAUGGACAUUUGGGCUUUGUGGCUGGACGAUGACAACCAAACAGUUGUGAAACACAUUAAUUUUGAAGAAAACCAGGCAGGACAGUGGAACCCAGUUUUUGUGAAUCCAUUGCCAGAAGAUGAUUUAGCCAUUUCUGAUGAACAGGAGCCCCAGGAAGCCUAUCUGGAGUGUUUGUUUGCCCCAGGACGAUUUACUAUUGCUGCUGUACAGAAAGCUAUUCAGAUCCUGCGGAAGGGCUCUGGAAGGGUUCUAGAUCUCUCCUGGGAGGAACUGAGAAAAGAUGUCACUUUGACGGUUGAGAACGAGAUUCAGAACGCUGUGAUAGAUUAUGACGUGUCUCAGGAGGAGUUCCGCCAAAUAAACAUUGAGAACUGGUGUAAAUUUUAUACCUGCUGCCUGCAGUAUCAAGAGACGCUUUCACGUCCCCUUGCUCUUCUGGUGCACCCAGACACUAACAUGGUGUGUCUUCUGAGAAAGGGCUUUCUGUCUUUCUUGGCUCCUUGUUCUUUGGUCGAACACCUCUACCUUGUACCAGCAGAGCACUUACUGACAGUGGAUGAAAGUGUGAUUUCUGAUGAUAUAGAUGCUGCAAGCGACAUUGUCAACCUGAUACAAUGCCUGCGGAUGAUAGCAGAUUAUAUUUCUGAAGACAUGGCCUAUCUGAUGGAGAGCGCGUGCUGCCACCUGCAGUCACCAGAGAGAGUUGCAGAGCAGAUUUUGGAAGAUUUGAUAGCCAAUGACAUAGACAACAUCAUGGAAAACAUUCAGAAUAAACUUCAGGACACCAGAAAUCCCAUUCGGGCGAUUGGUUUCUUGCUUCAAAAUAUGGAUUAUGAAACCAAUGCGGACAUGGAGCAGCCUCAACCUAAUACGAGACUGAACCUCUCUACUCUGUAUGGGAGCAUUACAGCUUCCAGUGUGGUAUGUCAAGCCAUUUGCAAAAUCUCUGCAACAAGAUUCUUAAUAUGCCGGGACUUACUCAUUCUUCAGCACCUUCUGCUGAGGCUGGGAGACAUGGCGCUGAUUGGAGCAGGGCAGCUUCUUCAUUCUCAGCAGGAACUUAUACCUCGUGCAGCGCAACUGCUUUUGUCCUAUUACAUGAUCCGCUGGGGGAGCCAGUGUUUGGCCUGUGCUGUCCCUGUAGAUAUAUUAGAGUCCAACCUGCAGCACUUGUCAGUCUUGGAACUGUCUGAUUCUCAAGUGGAGAAGCGCAGAUACACAAGUGGAAUCCAGACCAUUGUAGAACUGUUCUUUGAAGAUGUAGCAAGAAAACAUUUCCCUCACGUUUUCAUUCAGUCUGGGGCAAGUCAGCUGCAAGAGCCCUUGAACUGGUCCGAUCUUAUAAAGCGUAUUACCAACUACCUCCUACAACUUCUAUGGCCCAGUAACCCCAACUUCCAGUUUGCAGAAUGCUUGAUGAGAAACUGUCAGUACACUCAGCUCCAGGAAUAUGUCCGCCUGCUGUUGCCAUGGUGCCAGGUUAAUGUGGGCUCCUGCCACUUUAUGUUGGCUCAGUGUUACCUGGUCGCUGGAGAAGGACACAAGGCAUUAGAUUGUUUCAGUCAGGCGGCCUCUGAAGUGGAGAGGGAAGACUUUUUGGAGAAAUUAAUCCGAGUAGAGGAGGGGGAGUCUGUGUCCCCUCGACUUCAGUAU